CAGUGUUUUGUUGCUAGUGGGGACUGUUGUGUUGUGAAAAUGGCGACGCCUCGUCGCUCCUCUCAGCAGCAGCAACAGCCGACCUCGCUGCUGUCCUCCCCGCCCCGCGGCUCCUCUGUCCCGGGCACCCCACCUGGCUCUCCGCCGGCACUCGUCGACGAUGCCGCCCCGCUUCCUCCGCGGGACAGCUUGAUGGAGAGCCCGCCUGACGGUGAGGCAGCCCCGGCCUCUCCCACCACCACCACCACCACCACCACCAACAACAGCGCCUCUCCAUCUCUGGCCCUCGCCGCCAGCAGCAGCUCCGCCAGCGGCAGCAGCAGCAGCAGCGCUAGCUCCCCGACCUCCACCGAGGGUAGCGGGAGCAGCCCGGGCUCUACGCCCGAGUCGGGCAGCGGUAACCCGGGCAGCAGCAGCGGUAGCAGCGGUAGUGGUGGGGCUAACGGUGCCUUCAGGGAGCUGUUUGAAGCCUGUCGGAACGGGGAUGUCUCCCGGGUGAAGAAGCUCGUGGAUGUGUUGAAUGUGAACGCUAAAGACAUGGCGGGACGGAAAUCCACUCCUCUGCAUUUCGCAGCAGGUUUUGGGCGGAAGGACGUGGUGGACCACUUACUUCAAACAGGCGCUAACGUGCACACUCGGGAUGACGGCGGUCUGAUUCCGCUUCACAACGCCUGCUCCUUUGGUCACUCUGAGGUGGUGUCCUUGUUGCUGUGUCAGGGCGCUGAUCCCAACUCUCGAGACAACUGGAACUACACGCCGCUACAUGAAGCCGCCAUCAAAGGCAAGAUAGACGUCUGUAUAGUGUUACUGCAGCACGGAGCUGAUCCCAACAUCCGCAACACCGAUGGCAAGUCCGCCCUGGACCUGUCUGAACCUUCUGCCAAGGCCGUGCUCACAGGUGAAUACAAGAAGGAUGAGCUGCUGGAGGCGGCGAGGAGUGGGAAUGAAGAGAAGCUAAUGGCUUUGCUCACGCCGCUGAACGUCAACUGCCAUGCGAGCGACGGCCGCAAGUCCACCCCACUCCACCUGGCAGCAGGAUACAACAGGGUGAGGAUAGUUCAGCUGUUACUACAGCACGGAGCAGAUGUCCACGCCAAGGACAAGGGUGGUCUGGUGCCUCUACAUAAUGCCUGCUCCUAUGGACACUAUGAAGUUACAGAACUUCUGCUAAAGCACGGAGCGUGUGUAAAUGCCAUGGAUCUGUGGCAGUUCACCCCGCUCCACGAGGCGGCAUCUAAAAACCGAGUGGAAGUCUGCUCCCUGCUGCUGAGCCACGGGGCCGACCCGACCCUGCUCAACUGCCACAGCAAGAGCUCCGUGGACAUGGCGCCCACUCCCGAGCUGAAGGAGAGACUCACAUAUGAGUUCAAGGGCCACUCGCUUCUUCAAGCUGCACGAGAAGCUGACAUGGCCAAGGCCAAGAAGACGCUGGCGCUGGAGAUCAUCAACUUUAAACACCCUCACACACACGAGACCGCACUACAUUGUGCAGUGGCAUCACCUCACCCCAAAAGGAAACAGGUGACGGAGCUGCUGCUGAGGAAAGGUGCCAACGUUAAUGAGAAGAAUAAAGAUUUCAUGACUCCUCUCCAUGUUGCUGCGGAGCGGGCUCAUAAUGAUAUCAUGGAGGUGCUACAGAAACACGGCGCGAAGGUGAAUGCCUUGGACACGCUGGGUCAGACGGCGUUGCACCGCGCAGCGCUGGCAGGCCAUCUCCAGACCUGCAGGCUGUUGCUAGGAUACGGGGCAGACGCCUCGCUGGUGUCGCUGCAGGGUUUCACUGCUGCUCAAAUGGGAAAUGAAGCCGUUCAGCAAAUACUCAACGAGAACGUCCCGGUGAGAAACUCAGAUGUGGACUACAGACUUCUGGAAGCUGCUAAAGCCGGAGACCUGGACACUGUCAAGUCACUGUGUACGGCUCAGAAUGUGAACUGCAGAGAUCUGGAGGGACGACACUCUACUCCCCUUCACUUUGCUGCUGGAUACAACAGAGUGUCAGUGGUGGAGUACCUCCUGCACCAUGGAGCCGACGUGCACGCCAAGGACAAAGGUGGCCUGGUUCCCCUCCAUAACGCCUGUUCGUACGGUCACUACGAGGUGGCCGAGCUGCUGGUCAGACACGGAGCCUCGGUCAACGUGGCCGACCUUUGGAAGUUCACGCCGCUUCAUGAAGCUGCCGCCAAGGGAAAAUACGAGAUCUGCAAACUGCUGCUCAAGCACGGAGCGGACCCCACCAAGAAGAACCGAGACGGGAACACUCCUCUGGACCUGGUGAAGGACGGAGACACCGACAUCCAGGACCUGCUCAGAGGAGAUGCUGCUCUGCUGGACGCCGCUAAGAAAGGCUGCUUGGCCAGGGUGCAGAAGUUGUGCAGCCCAGACAAUAUCAACUGUCGGGAUACGCAGGGACGCAACUCCACCCCGCUGCACCUGGCAGCCGGGUACAACAACCUUGAGGUUGCAGAGUAUCUGUUGGAACAUGGAGCCGAUGUGAACGCACAGGACAAAGGAGGGCUGAUACCGUUACACAACGCUGCUUCAUACGGGCACGUGGACAUCGCCGCCCUGCUGAUCAAGUACAACACAUGCGUCAAUGCCACAGACAAGUGGGCGUUCACCCCCCUUCACGAAGCGGCCCAGAAAGGACGGACUCAGCUCUGCGCUCUGCUAUUGGCACAUGGAGCGGAUCCUACUAUGAAGAACCAGGAGGGACAGACACCGCUGGACUUGGCGACAGCGGAUGAUAUAAGAGCAUUGCUGAUUGAUGCCAUGCCACCAGAUGCUCUGCCGAGCUGUUUAAAACCACAGGCCACCGUGGUGAGUGCGACUGUGGUGAGCACUGGUGCUGCAGGGGGCGUGGUCAUCUCUCCCUCGCCGUCCCCAUCCUGCCUGUCAGCAGCCAGCAGCAUAGACAACCUGUCCACACCCCUCGGGGACAUCACGGUGGGCGGGGCCACUGGUCCCGCAGACGGAGCGUGUGGGUCGGACAGAAAGGAAGGAGAAAGUCUGCUCGACAUGACCAUCAACCAAUUCUUAAAGAGCCUGGGGCUGGAACACCUCCGAGACAUCUUCCAACGGGAACAGAUCUCUCUGGACGUGUUGGCAGACAUGGGUCACGAGGAGCUGAAGGAGAUCGGCAUCAACGCCUACGGUCACAGACACAAACUCAUCAAGGGCAUCGAGAGGCUGCUGGGAGGUCAACAAGGUGGAAAUCCAUACCUGACGUUCCACUGCUCCAGCCAGGGCACCGUGCUGAUCGACCUGGCUCCUGACGACAAGGAGUUCCAGUCUGUGGAGGAGGAGCUACAGAGCACGAUCAGAGAACACCGCGAUGGAGGCAACGCAGGCGGAGUCUUCAGCCGGUACAACAUCAUUAAGAUUCAGAAGGUGGUGAACAAGAAGCUACGGGAGAGAUACGCACACAGACAAAAGGAAAUCGCAGACGAGAAUCACAACCACCACAACGAGCGCAUGCUCUUUCACGGUUCUCCCUUCAUCAACGCCAUCAUCCACAAGGGCUUUGACGAGCGCCACGCCUACAUUGGCGGCAUGUUUGGCGCCGGCAUCUAUUUUGCAGAGAACUCCUCCAAAAGCAAUCAGUACGUGUAUGGGAUUGGUGGCGGCACGGGAUGUCCCACCCACAAAGACCGCUCCUGCUACGUGUGUCACAGGCAGAUGUUGUUCUGCAGAGUGACACUGGGGAAGUCGUUCCUUCAGUUCAGUGCCAUGAAAAUGGCCCACGCUCCCCCGGGACACCACUCUGUGAUUGGUCGACCCAGCGUCAACGGACUGGCGUAUGCAGAGUACGUCAUCUACAGAGGGGAACAGGCGUACCCGGAGUACUUGAUCACCUACCAGAUCGUGAAGCCAGAGAGUUCGGCCACGCCUGCUGCCACAGCUGAGCAGAAGUCCUAAAACACAGUGGCAGCUGGAUCCAGAGACGCCGGAGUGCAGUGGACCAAACGCUCGUUCUCACGGGACUAGAACUGAACUAGCAGGCGUUUCAAAGUCUCCAGAGCUGAAGUUGAAGUUGACGUGUGAGAAUGUCGGACCGGGUGGACGACUCGGAAAAACAGACGUGCACUUGUCGAAGCAGAGGGAGGAAAAAGAGGAUGAGGAGGCAGUCUUUGAAUUCAGGGGAUAUGAUACAUGCACAGUCAAGCUGACGGCAUAAAUCCAUCACCUUCUGUAAUUAAUUGGAUCUAAUUUUGCAGGAGAAAAUGCAAAUGUUUUGAUCAAUGACUCUGGAAAUGUACCAGUGAGCUAAUUUUUAAAUUUGUCGCCCUGUGGCUCGAUCCUAUAAACAAUUAAAGAGAGCAAUUACAACAGGACACAGUCCGAAGCAAAAUCAACAUCUCUGAUUUUGCACCUUUGCAACACUCCAUGUAUUCUACCCCCAGUUUCUAAAUGUGUUGUGUUGUUACCGUGUCCUCGUUCGGCUCUGUGCAUCAUACUCCGCAACAAAACAACACCUCCAGGCCACUUCCAGAAACAGAGAUUGUUGUGCUGAGAGAAGAGAAGCUCUGCGCCGUCUCCGAUCUGCCACCUCACAUUUUAGUUUAUUGUUUUUACCCACGAGGCUCAUGUGCACAAGAAGCACUUCUUCUGUGUCCGCUCACAUCGUUCCAGCUCUAAACACAGAGGAAACGAUGCAAUGAGCGUGAGCGCGGAGAAGUAAAAGAGAUUAAUUGUGGACAAAUGCCCAGAAGUCAAUAAGCAGAAGACAAACAGGAGACCUCUCAGUGUUUGUCUGUAGAGUCUCCACUGCACUACACUACCAGGACCAUCUCCUGCAGUCACACACACACACACACACACGUGAAAGAGAAGCACGGGCAUUACUUCCACACGAGCGAGCAGCAACCAGUGUGAUGGGCUGAGACUCCUGUCAAUCUGCCUUAAUUUCUCCUUAUUGGAACAGAUUUUUUAAUUUGCGUGAAAAUACAGAGACUUUCAAAGUUUAUUUCUUAACUCAGUUUAAUAUUAACAUGUUGGUUGCUGCUUGUUUUAGCUCAGUUUUAAAAAAAGACCAACCUUCUUUAACCAGGGGCCUGUACUACGAAGCAAGUUCAACAUAGCUAGGAAAUGUUUUCGUUAUCGGGCUUCACUGAACCUAAAAUCAAGGAUUACAACAUGAACCUGAUAUCACUGUGAUUUAGCUCAUGUAAUAUAAAUGUGUAAUAUGUCAUAUCGGCCACUCGGGGUCUCUCAAUCAAAACUAUAAGAAAAGAUUUAGUUCGGUGAAGCAGCGUGGGAUCAUUGGAGCUGUUGUCUUCACCACUGAUUCAAAUCUACUUGACGUGACUCAGGCGCUAAUCUAACACUAAUCAUGUUCAGAGAUGAGGUCACGUAUUAAAGUUUCAUUCAUGUUACACAGCAAACAGCAAAGAAUAAUCAUGAUCUGUAAAACAAACAGUCCUUAUAAUAUCUUCUCCGGCUGCGUACGACUGAAAACCAGAGUGAAACCUGAAGUUACCUCGACAACCACAAACCCUGCUUCGUAGUACAAACCCUAGGACGAACACAAGGGACCAGAUUGUGACACUGUUAUAGAGAUAAACAUGCACAUCUCCACUUCGUAAGUUUUCCAACACAAGCCCAAAAAGAAAAGAACCAACACUCCUCUGGACGGAGCGAUUGGUUUUAUAGUUAUGACUGAACAUUAUUUUCAAAGUUUGGCUCCUCAGAGAUCAGAUCAUGCAGCUUCAACAUUCUCUCCUGCUUCAUGUGUGUUAAUGUCUCAUGUUUCCUUGUUGUUGUUGUUUACAUGAACCUGCUGCCCUCUGGCCCCUCGCCUCUCUACCUGGAUCUGUUAGCGCCGCCCAGUGGUGGCACAGGAGUACUGUGGGCUUGCAGUAUUUAGUACAUCCAGUGUAGUUUUUAAGGAAGGCAUUUAUGUUGAGGUCAAUUUCCACGCAGUACUAUUUAUUUGUGUUUUUUUCUUUUUUCUGUUGUACGUCUGUAUUCUGUUACACUCCUCGAACAUUAAGAAAAA